GGUGUUAGAGUGACGGUAAACGGUAAAUAAGUGAAUAGUGAACAUAAAAACAAAGAAACAUGGUUUCCCUUCAGACAGUCGCCACUAUAGUCGUGAAAGCGUUCAAAAUUGUAUUGAACAUCAUAAUCUUAGUUUUGUACCGCACGGGAUACAAUGGCGAGUUCCUUGGAGUGGGUGGUACUUGGAACCUGAAUGAGGAGAAGAAUCCUGACGCUGAGAUCGUAGCGUCAGGGGUCAUAGUGGGAUACCUCAUAUACACUCUGGUUCAAGUUGUCACAUACUUCUUCGGCACCACUGAGCAUAAGAGAGCCCUGUCAGAUAUUGUGAUGAACUUCGUCGGAGUGUUCAUGUGGAUCGCAGUGGGUGCUGUCGCCCUCCACUACUGGGGGGGAUACCAGGGAGAGCAACAGUUCCACUUCGUCUAUUCGGAGAAACAAGUGGGCCUGGCGUUAGGCGCUUUGUGUGUCAUACAGGGUGCGGUCUACCUACUAGAUACAGCGCUCUCAGUCAUUCACUUCACGAAAGAAAUGUUGUACGUGGAUUAUUCAAUAUUUGACCAGUUGGUCACAAUAUCACCGAUAUCGAAGGAAUUUCUUUGCGAACUGGAUUUAGAAGCAGCCACCAUUGCGCCGCUAACGGACAGCGUUUCUGAGUACGGGGGCGGAGCACGAGUAGUGUGGGCCAUGUCGGCGGGCGACAGAGAAGCGGAGGCUCAGGCCAAGAAGGGCGAAGAGGGCACCGUGACAGACCGGGACAGCCGGGCUGCCGCUGCUCUGAAACAGCACUGGUGUGUGGGGCUUCGGAUUCUCGAGCUGAUAAUCGCUAUCAUUGCGACGGGUCUGAUGAUUGGUGCACUCCACAAUCCAAAAGUGGUACAAUCGGAUUUCCAACACAUUGCACUCAUCUACUCUGCUUAUUCGAGUUUCAUCAUCAUUACCGGGGUGCUAAUCAUCGCUAGGCUAUUUGGUGAGGUUGCGGGAUGGAAGACAUCUAUUGGUUUCUCGGUGUUGGGCGUCAUCAUGUUUACCGCAGCCGCUGCUGUCAUUUUUUACGACUGGCACAGAUCUUACUACGCGACCUUACGUCCCAACAAGCAGGUUUACGAUCUUCUAAUCUCAUCUGGGGUGUUCGCCGUUAUAAACGCUGCCGUAUUUCUUGUACACGCAUUCUUCACCUUUAGGAAGGAGGCAGAUUAUUAAUAUUCGUGUUAAGUUGUACCCGUACUACGACAUUCUUCUGAUAGAUUAACUAUAGUUAUAUAAUUUGAUUUAGUUUCGGCUUCGGUCGCUCCACUUAUAUUAUUUUAGUAAUACGUAACUUAUAUUAUUGUGAAUUAAAUAAGAUCAUUGCUAAAUAUAGUUAAAUGUUUAUUAAAUACAGUAUUGCUUUGUGUAAAUAAUUGAAUGUGUUUGUCCUAUCGUGUAGCUACGCCUUUCCGUAUUUUCUAAAGUUUUAUUCAUUAAUUUUAAGUCAGUUUGCCCUGUGCAGUAGCUAAUGAGAAAUACAUAUUUGUAAAUUAAUUAUAAUAUCCACAAUGCAGCUAUAUUAAAGUAAGUUUCUGGCCGAAAGUGCAAGUUGGAAGUUAGUAGAAAUAUAGGCAUUAUUAGAUAUAAAAAUAUAUUCCCUGAUAACAAUAUAUAUUACUCGUAAACAUGGGUAAUAAUAUGCAAUGGAAAUAUGUUUUAAUUUGAAUAAUUAGUUCAGUAGUUGCGCGUCCACGCUAGUUUUAAGUUUCGUUUAUUAUUGUAUUAUGUUACUGAAAUCAUUCCGCUGAGACCAAAUUGAAUUAGUUGUAGGAGAUGACGAGUCAUCUAAAUAUCUAUAUUAUUUGUAAUCAACAUUUUUGUUAAUAAUUAAACGAAAUAACCACCGGUUGAUUGAUUUUAGAAUUAGUUUUGUAUGUUAGGUUGCAAAAAGUAAAUUUCAGGAUAUGGAGGCAUGACAGCUUAGUACUCCGGAAUGGCAAAUCUUUGUAUUAAUGUACACGGUACCAAAUGCUGUGUGUCUACUGCAGUACCAAAUAUGAUCACGGGAUGUCCAUAGCAUGUUUGCCAUUCCCAUCACAUAAAAAAUAUUGUUUUAGAUUUUUAUAUUAUUUUGUUCUAUUUAAGACUAUUCUUUCGAGGUUUUUAGUUGAGAAAUAUACUUUUCAUUUAAAUAUAAUUUCAUUAAUUAUCGAUAAAAACAAUUGUGUAUAAGAAAUUAAUGACGUUUUUCAUAUAAUAAACAUAACCUACAUAAGAUAAUAUUUUGUUCUUGGAUAAAUAGAAAAUUAAAAUAGAUAAGAAUAAAAAAUAUUUAACAUUUUUUAGGAAUACAUAAAAAUCAUAUUAUAAAUUGCAUAGAAAUCUAUGGUAAUUUUUUUUCUAAUUAUCACCCAUAUAUGGUUUAUUUGUUCAUUGAAAUUUAAAUAUUUGGAAGUUGAAUUGUAAUUUAUGUUAAGCAUUAUUUUAGUUAUAUAAUAUUAAAAGGGGGAGAACCAAAGCAGUAAUCAGUAUCCGUCCAGACGUAGUUAAGUUAUUUUUCUUGCUGCUCUUUGUGUUUCUUUCCUAAUUUUAUCCUUAACUUAACAUUACUUAAUCUAACAUUCCAUUCUUUCUGUAAAAUAAUUUACUAACAUAAUUUUAAGUUCUUGUGAGUAUUUUGAUACAAUUUAUUAUUAUUUAUUUAGUUGUCAUUUAAUAGUAGUUCUAAAUUGGUUUUUCAACCGACUUCGAAAAAGGA